UCUCUCCCUCUUUGUUUCCGUCGUUUCUUCUUCCUCGCACUCUUCUGAUUGGAUACCUACUUUUCUCUCGUCCACAACCGAAUCCUACCGUGUUUUCCAUUUUUUUUACUCCAACCCAUCGUGGAUCUCGCUAUAAUCGGUUUCUUUUUUUGUGUUUUUUCUCUCAAUCUCAAGAACUAAAAAGAAACCUAUAAAUCCCUAGGGUUUUCGCUUCCCCUAGCGAUCGAGCCGCGACAUGGAUGCUGAGGAAUCGAGUAGCAGCUUCUGCUGGAGCUGGGACGAGGAGAAGGCGUUCGAGAACGCGGUCGCGGCGGAGGCGGCGGCGGCGGCGGCGGCGGCGGAGUUGGAGGAGCGCGGCGGCGAGUGGCGGUGGGGGGAGAUCGCGGCGGCGGUGCCCGGGAAAACCCCGGGCGAGGUCGAGCGCCAUUACCGGCUCCUGGUCGAGGACGUGGAGCGGAUCGAGCUGGGGUGGGUGCCUCUCCCGGAGUACGUUGGUGAGUCGGAGGAUUCGGGCGAGGACGAUGGUGGUGGAAAUGGUAAGAGGGGUGGGAGGGGAUCGAAGGGGGAUGUGGAGCGGCGAAAGGGCGUGGCGUGGACGGAGGAUGAGCACAGGAGGUUUCUUCUUGGACUUGAAGAGCAUGGGAAGGGUGAUUGGCGCAGCAUUUCUAGAAACUUUGUCAAAACAAGGACACCAACCCAAGUGGCAAGCCAUGCACAGAAGUACUUCAUCCGCCUGAAAUCGAUGAACAAGGAGAGAAGGCGGACGAGCAUCCAUGAUAUCACCACUACAGGCAAUGCAGAUGGAUCUGGGCCUCAAGGUCCAAUAACGGGCGAGACAAAUGGGCCAACAACACCCAACAAUAAACCAGCCAAACAACCUUCCCAAGAUCCUGCUUGUCCACCUGGUGUAGGGUUAUAUGGAAGUACACUCGGACAGCCUACACUGGGACAGCCCUUUGCUGCGCCUUUCAUUUCUUUUGCCUGCCCUCCUGUUGAUCAGCAGAUGACCUUCAGAAUGGGGCCCCCAAUUUCUGGAAGUGUAGUUACUAGUGUGCCACUGAACAUUGCUACCAUGACCUAUCACAUGCCUCAUACAUCUGCUCAUUAAAAGCAGAUCUCCAUAUAAUCUCUGUGAUGAAUAAUUGUAGACAAGGAGUGGUCUCACUGGAUUUAUUUGUCUUUUACUUCAGCUAGUGCACAAUAAAUUGUCUAUGACAAAGUUUGUGUGACAGCUUCUCGUGUAAAUAUGUGGUAGUCAAUAGUAAGAUUUUUUUUUUUUUUUUUCCCAACUUACUGAAUCAUUUGUAAAUAAAGCUAUUAUUACAAAUGAGGCAUAGACUAUUGUGAAAUUUAAUUGGUUAGACUUACGGGCUUAUUUGUGUUUAA